AUGAGGGUCAACGAGAAGUACUCGACGCUCCCGGCCGAGGACCGCAGCGUCCACAUCAUCAACAUCUGCGCCAUCGAGGACAUCGGCUACCUGCCGUCCGAGGGCACGUUGCUGAACUCACUGUCCGUGGACCCCGACGCCGAGUGCAAGCACGGCCUCUACUUCCGGGAUGGCAGGCGCAAGGUGGACUACAUCCUGGUGUACCACCCCAAGAGGCCCUCGGGCAGCAGGACCCUGGCCAGGAGGGUGCAGCACAGCGAUGCCACCCUGGCCGCCCGCGGCGCCAGGCACGACCAGCCCCUGCCGGGCAAGGGGAGCGUGGGGGCGGCCGGUGGCCCCGAGCCCCCGAUGGACUACCACGAGGACGACAAGCGAUUCCGCAGGGAGGAGUACGAGGGGAACCUCCUGGAGGCCGGCCUGGAGCUGGAGCGAGACGAGGACACCAAGAUUCACGGGGUUGGAUUUGUAAAGAUCCAUGCACCCUGGAAUGUACUAUGCAGAGAGGCCGAGUUCCUGAAACUGAAGAUGCCCACGAAGAAGCUCUAUCACAUUAACGAGACCCGUGGCCUCCUGAAGAAGAUCAACUCCGUGCUCCAGAAAAUCACAGACCCCAUCCAGCCCAAGGUGGCGGAGCACAGACCCCAGACCACAAAGAGACUCUCCUACCCCUUCUCCCGGGAGAAGCAGCACCUAUUUGACCUGUCUGACAAGGAUUCCUUUUUCGACAGCAAAACCCGGAGCACAAUAGUCUAUGAGAUCCUGAAAAGAACAACGUGUACCAAGGCCAAGUACAGCAUGGGUAUCACGAGCCUACUGGCCAAUGGCGUUUACUCGGCCGCCUACCCCCUGCACGAUGGAGACUACGAAGGUGAAAACAUGGAUUUCAACGACAGAAAACUCCUGUACCAAGAGUGGGCAAGCUACGGGGUCUUCUAUAAGUACCAGCCCAUCGACCUGGUCAGGAAGUACUUUGGGGAGAAGAUUGGCCUGUACUUCGCCUGGCUGGGCGUGUACACCCAGAUGCUCAUCCCCGCGUCCGUGGUCGGCAUCAUCGUCUUCCUGUAUGGAUGCGCCACCGUCGAUGAGAACAUCCCCAGCAUGGAGAUGUGUGACCAGAGACACAACAUCACCAUGUGCCCGCUGUGCGACAAGACCUGCAGCUACUGGAAGAUGAGCUCGGCGUGUGCCACGGCCCGGGCCAGCCACCUCUUUGACAACCCCGCCACUGUCUUCUUCUCAGUCUUCAUGGCCCUCUGGGCCGCCACCUUCAUGGAGCACUGGAAGCGGAAACAGAUGCGGCUCAGGUACCACUGGGACCUCACAGGCUUCGAGGAGGAGGAGGAGGCUGUCAAGGACCAUCCCAGAGCCGAAUAUGAAGCCAGAGUUUUGGAAAAGUCACUUAGGAAAGAAUCCAAAAACAAAGAGAAGCGCCGGCAUAUUCCAGAGGAGUCAACAAACAAAUGGAGGCAGAGGGUUAAGACCGCCAUGGCGGGGGUGAAAUUGACGGACAAGGUGAAGCUGACCUGGAGAGACCGGUUCCCAGCCUACUUCACCAACUUGGUCUCCAUUGUCUUCAUGAUUGCAGUGACCUUUGCCAUCGUCCUGGGAGUCAUCAUCUAUAGGAUCUCCACGGCCGCCGCCUUGGCCAUGAACUCCUCCCCAUCCGUGCGGUCCAACAUCCGGGUCACGGUCACAGCCACCGCGGUCAUCAUCAACCUCGUGGUCAUCAUCCUGCUGGACGAGGUCUACGGCUGCAUAGCCCGCUGGCUCACCAAGAUUGAGGUUCCAAAGACGGAGAAGAGCUUCGAGGAGAGGCUGAUCUUCAAGGCUUUCCUGCUGAAGUUUGUGAAUUCCUACACCCCCAUCUUUUACGUGGCUUUCUUCAAAGGCAGGUUCGUCGGACGCCCGGGCGACUACGUGUACAUUUUCCGUUCUUUCCGGAUGGAAGAGUGUGCCCCGGGGGGCUGCCUGAUGGAGCUCUGUAUCCAGCUCAGCAUCAUCAUGCUGGGCAAGCAGCUCAUCCAGAACAACCUGUUUGAGAUUGGCAUCCCGAAAAUGAAGAAGUUCAUCCGCUAUCUGAGGCUGAGGCGCCAGAGUCCCUCUGACCACGAUGAGUACGUGAAGAGGAAACAGCGCUAUGAGGUGGACUACACGCUGGAGCCCUUCGCGGGCCUCACCCCAGAGUACAUGGAGAUGAUCAUCCAGUUUGGCUUUGUCACCUUGUUCGUCGCGUCCUUCCCCCUGGCCCCACUGUUCGCGCUGCUGAAUAACAUCAUCGAGAUCCGCCUGGAUGCCAAAAAGUUCGUCACCGAGCUCCGAAGGCCAGUGGCUGUCAGAGCCAAAGACAUCGGAAUCUGGUACAAUAUUCUCAGAGGCGUUGGGAAGCUGGCCGUCAUCAUCAAUGCGUUCGUCAUCUCCUUCACGUCCGACUUCAUCCCUCGCCUGGUAUACCUCUACAUGUACAGCGAGAACGGGACCAUGCACGGCUUUGUCAACCAUACCCUCUCCUCCUUCAACGUCAGCGACUUCCAGAACGGCACCGCCCCCAACGACCCCCUGGACCUGGGUUACGAGGUGCAGAUCUGCAGGUACAAAGACUACCGGGAGCCCCCGUGGUCGGAGCACAAGUACGACAUCUCCAAGGACUUCUGGGCCGUGCUGGCGGCCCGGCUGGCUUUCGUCAUCGUCUUCCAGAACCUGGUCAUGUUCAUGAGCGACUUUGUGGACUGGGUCAUCCCAGACAUCCCCAAGGACAUUAGCCAGCAGGUGCACAAGGAGAAGGUGCUGAUGGUGGAGCUGUUCAUGAGGGAGGAGCAGGGCAAGCAGCAGCUGCUGGACACGUGGAUGGAGAAGGCCCGGAAGAAGGACGAGCCAUGCAACAACCACGGCCCCAAAGCCUGCCUGGACAGCCCCGAGUACCCCGGGGGCGCCCUGUAGCCGCCCCUAGCCUCCCGGCCGACGGGCGCCCUCCCCCAGCCAGGCCCGGUGGCUCCGGUGUUCGUCGCAAACCUGGAAGACCACCUUCUGAU